GAAGAUGCUAACUACCGCAUCAUUUUAUCAAAUCCUUCUUAGCUUAGUUGCUAUAUUUGUUGUGUACAAGAUUCUGAAAUAUUUCACUUACACGGGGCUCAAGCGUAGUGAAAUGCCACUAAACAUGUUAUCGUCAAGUCAUCGUCAACUUGGACUUUUCGAGAAAAUCUUCGAUAUUUUUUCCAUGGAAAGGUCAGGCUCAAACAACAUCUGCAUAGCGAUAUCAAUAAAAUCGAAUGUCAGCCUGGUGCAUCGACAUGUUCACGACGCUUUGAUACUGCUGGUCAAACGACAACCAAUGCUUCGAGCAGUCAUAACAACAAUGUCUAACGGGGAUAAAUAUUUCAUAGUAAAGGAAAUUGAAGAAGCUAUUGCGAUGUUAGAUAUAACCACUUCAGACGUAAAGUCCUCAGACUGGAAAGAUAUCUGGUAUGAACAUACUUCAAAACAGAGAGCCAGCAAUGGGCUGUUAUGGCGGGUUGUGAUAUUAAAAGAGGAAUUUAUAACAGAUACUAAGAAUUAUGCAAAUACAUUGGUGUUUAACUUUAAUCACUCGUGUAUUGAUGGCGUGUCUUGUGUGAAGUUUUGUCAACAAUUACUCGCCCGAAUGAACGAAUUAGCGAAUGGCUCUAGCUGUGUUGAGGAGGAAAUAUGCAGUCUUGAUCUGCUGCCGUAUUAUCAUAAUAUCAUCAUACGCGGACGAAUUUGGCAUUCGUUGUUUAAUUUUAUUCUUACCUACUCUGGCCUGCAACCUAUACUUAAUUACUUGAUGAAGAAAAUGCUUGUUCGAGUCAUGCAGAAAAAGCCACUGAAUCCUUAUUAUGCGCAGUUUUCGAGGAAUAUAGAAACUCCUCAAGACGGCGCAAGAAAUUCACCGGUAAUAAAGGAGUUCAGUAAGGACGAAACAAUAAAGUUUGUAAAAGCGUGCAAAGCCAAUAAUUGUACUGUAACUGGAGCUAUCACAGCUGCAAUACACCUAGCAUUCUGUUACCUUCUUCAAAAUGAUCAGUCGAAGGAACUCGUAUUUGAUUAUAUGUUUGCAAUCAAUUCUCGUCGCUUCUGUAAUCCGAAACCAGACGAAGACUACCUCGGUGUCUUUAUGUAUAACUCAGAUUAUAGUCUAAAGUAUGCGGAUAACGCAAACACUAGUUUUUGGAAGCUGGCACAACAAAUAUCUCAAAAUUUGAAAGAUAUCCUAAGAAACGAGGCAUUUGUCCCAGAAAUGACGGUGUUAGAUAAAGCAUUAAAGCCAGAGGAAUUCGUGAAGAACGUCUUUGACCCAAAUUACUUGCACAAAGCAAUGUGCAAUUACAUUACCAGUUUUGGUUCUUUUCAUGUUGAUGACGAUAAAGUUGAGCAAUCCACGGUUUAUAGCCUGAGUAACUUUUUCACGAAUACACUUUUUAUAAGCGACACGAAUUUCAACUUUGGUCAUUUUGUAUACUCGAUUGAUGAUCGAAUGACCUGGCAAAUAGUAAAAGAUGUAGCCGUAGAUAAUGGCCACGCUGAUAAAUUUUGCAAACUUUGUUUUGAUAAGCUUUUAAAAAUAUCAAGUGGUAUUGCUUGAUCAUAUAAAUCAUAUAAAAGGUACAAUAAUUGAAUACUUAAUUGAACUUAAAGGUAGGUUACAUGCAAAGGCUUCUGCUAGUUCUGCAUGUGCAUAGGUUAUGCUUAUAAUUCAAUUGCAUGAUAAUCGAAAAACAACACUCCACGUACCUUUAUACGACUGUGUUUGUUUGAAAA